GAUCGGUGGAGGCUGGCUGUUAUUCAGACCCAGCGUUCACAGGAGCAGAGCUAGAAUGUCCAGGUAGGCAUAGUCCACCUCCUCUCCAUACUUGACCUUUUCCUUAAUAUAUGACAGGCCCAUCUGUUGUCAUGGAGUUGCAUCGAGAUAGUAUCCUAUCAUCAAGGGCUUCCACCAAGACCAAUGCAUCCCUUUCAGUAGUAAGCGAUCAUAGUGCAUAUACCUCUCAAUCACCUGCAGCCGAUAUAUCAGACUUGUCGGAUACAACACCACACCCUCGAGGUGUAUCACCCGCUGAAACCAUUCAAUGUGAUGAAACCGUUGUCGAGGAUGCUAUAAAUGAGGUCGCGAGCCGCGGAGACCAAGCGGAGUACUUGAGCAACAAGGCAGUCCUUACACAAAGCGUUCAAAAUGACAGACCCUCAAUCGAAAAGUCCAGUCCACCUAGCGAUGCGGAAGACAAUGUUUCCAAGGAGGUUCGGCCAUCUGUACUCUCGCGUCCCAAUCAUCAGUCUUGUCCAAUCGGACUCUCAGAAAUACCUUUGCCGUGCACCCGCUCCCUCCGCCCUCGACCAAACACAAAUGCCGACAAAAUCUCCAAGGAGGUUCGACUACCUGAGCUUUCCCAUUCCAAUCAUCAGUCCCGCCCAAUCGGACCCUUGAAAAUGCCUUCAAAGCGCACACGUUCCCUUCGCCCUCGACCAAAUAUACAUAUCGAUAGGCCAGAGCGAUUGCCUUCUGUUUCCGUGGUGAUACCAGUCCGAGAGUCCGAUAGGUUGAUGGCCAGUGCCACAAAAGACCCUCCAAUCCAAGUUCGACGCCAUGUACAACAGGAUGGGAGCGGGGACAACAAUACUAACAGUAGUACGGCAGCGCCGGACUUCAAUAAUGACCGAUCUUGCUCUGAGAUAGAACGGCCGCGGAAAAGAUGCAAACAUGCAGUCCGGCCGAGGAAGGCAGCGGAAACUGAUUCAACCUCGACCAAUCACGCCAUCAGGGAAACCAAGAACUCAUUUCGGAACUCAUCAGGUAGUGGCUUCGGCACUCCGGACGAGGCACAGGAGGUCUUCGGCCGGGGAAUUCUGCGUAUUCAACCCCACGGCCCUCGGCAUACAUACUUCAUUACAUUCCUUCCAGAUAAUGUUUACCAUCUACCCCCACGCCCAGAUAUGCCUCCUAGACAAUCAUCAUGCCCUGAAGGUCGUCCUCAAAGUCAGUCUUCGCGACAAACGAUCCACAGGAGGCGUCAUAAGCGAAGCCCUUAUUCACCUGCAGAGAAUCAGCUGCUAACUGAGUUGAGAAGUCGCCGCUGUCUGCCCUGGCGAGAAGUUGCGAAACACUUCAAACAUCGGACCCAAGCAUCUCUUCAAGUUCAAUAUUCCAAGAUACGCAGUGAAUCUCUAGAUAAAAUUUGAGAUAUGUCUCAGUUUAUUUCAUUGCGUGCAUGUAUCCACCACCUCCAGAGUCUAUGUCGACUUUCUCAUAGGAGGCAUCUAGCAUUGGAGGGACGAUUCUUGGGGAUCGCCUCGGAUAA